AUGUCUACCAUAACAACCACCGCCGCCGCUGCAGCAACACCAUCGUGUCACGCAAAGCUCUACGAGAUCCCAACCAGCGAUGCUUCAUGCGCCAUGCCCAUGAACAGCACCUACCACGCCCUAAUGACGAACUGCUGUGGUUCCGCCAGCGUUAUCUCCUACUCGGACUGCGACUAUUACUGUCUCGCGCAGAACCAGACCGUUGGCGACCUUGCGGAGUGUCUGAUUAAGGGCUCUGCGGCAGGACAGGUGUGGUGUAAUACAAAUGCGAAUGCAACGGCUACGGGAACUGCGACUGCGACUACAAGCGCAACGGAGGAUGAAAAGGCUGUCCCAACUGGAUCGAACGGGGCGGUGGCUAUGCAUUUAGAUAUCAAAUAUGUGUUGAUGCUAGUGCUUGUCGCGUUUGGUGGAAUUGAGCAGCCUUUUGUUUGA